AUGGUUUACCUUCUAGCCAAUUGGGGAAUGGGAGAAAAUGGUACUGAAAAACAAAACUUUGCUAAUUCCAACGGUACCCCUUACCAACGUCCAGAACAAACCGACUGUUUCAAUAAUGAAGUCGACUUGUUUCCAUUGAAUAAUCAGGUUGGUGGCCAUACCAGGUUAAUGGUUUUGAAUUCGACCACUAUAGUGAAGCCGCUGAAUUACAGAGAAUUGGAUUUCUAUCAAAAUAUUCAGGAACAGGACAUUAAAAAUUUCGUACCUACAUACAAAGGUGUCAUGCAGGCAGCUAUGUGUAGCGGAGGCAAAGUGGAGAAGCGCUACAGCCCUAGUUUCCGAGAUGACCAUGGAAGAGCAAAAAGUGACCGCAAGAGGAAGAGAGAAGAAGUGUUCAAAAUGCGCGUCCACCACACCGGCAAUCCCAAGGACGUGCUGAAGAGCAUCUCGCAAGCGGACAACACGAACAAGCAGUACUUCCUCAUGCUGGAGAACAUAACGUCGCGGUACUCGCGGCCUUGUAUACUCGACCUCAAAAUGGGCACCAGGCAACAUGGCGACGACGCGACGGCCGACAAGCGCAGGAAACAGAUGGCCAAAUGUGCGGCGAGCACUUCCGCCUCGCUGGGUGUCAGGUUAUGCGGCAUGCAAGUGUUCCAAGCAGAAACAGACAAUUAUUUCAAGAAGGACAAGUACUGGGGCAGAGCGCUGAAGGAAGAGGGAUUAAAGAACUCCCUGUGCAGGUUCUUCGACAACGGGACCGGCCUCAAAAUCUCGGUAAUUCGGAAAGUUUUAGCCAAGUUGGGGCAGCUUCGAAGGGUCAUCGAGAAACAGAGCUGCUACAGGUUUUAUUCUUGCUCCCUGCUCAUCGUCUACGAAGGCACGCCUCUACAGACACACACCCCCCUCUCACCCCCCAGUCCCGACACACUGAAACCGUUCUGCGACGAAGACUCCCGCUUCUGCUACGACGCCGACACCUCCAACUCCUCCAUGAACUCCUCCAUGGACUUCAACGACGACUCCUCUCACGACGCCUCGCAAGAUGGCUGCCGCCGACCUCGCGCCACCCCUUUCGUACCCAUCUCCGAGGAAACGGUGUUCCUCAACUCUUGUCCGAGGCGGGACGUUAGCACCGUCAGCCCAAUGUCGGUGACCAGCUGGAUGACUUAUUCGAACAGCAGCAGCGGCGAGUACUGUCUGCCAGGGCAGUCGAGCUCCAGUUCCAACGAGGAAUCGGACUUCGAUUCGUGCCUGCAGUUCGGCGCCAUCGAAUCGGAGAAAGAAGAAGACUCGGUGUCGUGUCCGUCGCCGGACAAGAGGCCGAAGAGAAGCGAAGAAGACGGGCAGAGGAGGAGGUUGUGCGUCGACGACGACACUGACAGCUGUGGUGUUUCCAGUGACGUUGACGUGAGGAUUAUCGAUUUCGCUCACACGUCUUUCGGAUCGAAGGUGGGUUCGAAUGAUGUCCACCAGGGGCCGGACGGGGGAUUUUUGACGGGGUUGGACAGUUUGCAGCGGCUUUUGUCGGAAAUUUUGUCGGCUGAAGGUUGA